UCUGCAAGGGCUUCGCCUUGUGUACGCUAAAUCAUGGCUCUGACUGCUCAGAAGCGCAGCGGAGGCUGGUGAGGAGGAGAGACAGAGGUGAAGGAAUAAAGACAGCUCUCGGGUCGUUGGGGGAUUGUUAGAAAUACAGGGAAGUUAAAAAACUGUGACUGAGGAGGAGUAAUAAAAAGUUUGGAAUGAUUCCCGUGAGCAAUGGAAGACAACAUCGAUACAAUCUUACUCAAUAAAACCACAACUUUCCUUUACAAUGACAAGCCUAGCAGCUGGCUACCGUCGCUGGUCACUGCCUGUACCGUGAGCACCUAUGCGUUUUGGGCGAUGUUUGUAUUUCCGGGCUUCCGCAAAGUUCCUGUGAAACUCCGGGUGCCAUUUUUGCCAUCAAGUAAAUGUCAAACCACCAAUGUGUUAAAGCUUUUAAAAGGAAGAGAAGGAAAGUUUGUUGACCUUGGUUCUGGAGAUGGGAGAUUGGUGUUUACUGCAGUGUCCCUGGGCCUUCAAUGCACUGGGUAUGAAUUAAAUCCUGUAUUGCUAAACUGGGCGAAAACGCUGGCACGGUGGCGGGGCCUUUCUCCCACUCAAGCAACAUUUCUGAAGCAGAACUUCUGGGAGGUGGAUCUUUCCCAGUACAAUAAUGUGACGGUUUUUCUGGCUCCUUGUGUGAUGGAAACUCUGGAGAAAAAGCUAUUGGCAGAGCUGUCCGAAGGCGCCCGGGUGAUUGUGUGUCGUUUUCCUUUUCCUCACUGGCCCCCCACCUGCACAGAGGGUGUCGGCUUGAACCAGGUGUGGGCGUAUGAUGUGAUGCACCUCAACGGGAGUUUGCUGCAUUACAGGAAACUGCAGCCAUGCACAUAAUCACUGCAUUUUAUAAAUUGAUCACCAUGAGCACUUUACUGUAAUCAAAAAUGUGAUUCACCAGGAAACCAAUGGACAUACAGGCUAUUCAGAUUCAAUGAAACAAGUGCAUAUGGGGGGUAAGGCCUGAUACAGUCAGUAUUUGCUCCCUGUUCCGCUCUUUAAAUGUAAUUCUUUGCAACUGCUCACUAACUGCCAUCUCUAUCUUUUGCCUGUAUUCAAAAAUAAACUAUCACUGUGAGGCAAA